CAUCCGCCACUGCUGCUCCCCUGUUCCCAAGCGCCGCCGUCUCCCUCCCCCUCUGCAAGCACUACGCCGAGCACCGCCGAGCUACCCCACCACGACCAAGCCCGAGCCGCAACACCGCUCGUCACCGAGCUCGCCGUGUCGUGCUCCCCGUCCGGCCCGGCUUGGACCCCGACGAGCACAGCACCGCGGGCAGCGAUCGGACCUACUCACGACGCCGGCCACGACCCCGAUGCCGCAACGUCGUGCUCACCGUGCUCCAGCUGCGCACCAACACGGGCAUGCCGACCACGACGCCGAACAGGGUGUCGUCCCCACCGCACCAGCAGCGAUCCCGAAGCCUCCUCGUCGCCAAGCCCCUACAGCGCCGAACUCGCGAUCCAAGCUGGCACCUUGGGCACCGACUCGGCCCUGACGCUGUGGUCACUGCCUAGUCACUGCCUUCUCUGCCGUCCACCAUGUCGUCGACCCGCCGGCUCGUGCCGCCUGCUGUCCACAAGCUCCGGUCCCGCCGCUGCCUCUCCUCCACCUCCUCUCCCACCCCCAACACCCCAAACGCCACCGCCAUACUCGCCGACCUCCUCCAUGGGCACACCCCCUCUACCGCUACGCUGUCCCUCCUCCGCGCGUCGCCCGGCCUCGCCUCCGAGCUAUACGGCCUCAUCGGCGAGCCAUCCCACGCCUUCACGCCUGCCUCCCUCGCUACCCUCCACUCCCUCGCGGCCCGCCACUGCAUCCCGCCUCCCUCCGCGUCGCUCCUUUCCAAGCUCCUCGCGCGCUUCUCCUCCCCAGCCGACGCCGCAAGCUUCCUCCGCGACUCCCUCGCAGCGGGCGCGCCGGCGCCGGAUGUUUCCACCUUCAACUCCCUCCUUUCCGCGCUCGGCCGCGCUGGCAACCUGCGCGGCAUGACGGAGCUGUUCACCUCCAUGCGAGAGGCCUCCGUCAAGCCCGAUAUCGUCACCUACGGGAUACUUCUCAACAGGCUCUGCAAGGCAGGUCUUGUCGGGGACGCGCUCAAGGUGCUCGACCGAAUGUCCAGCCCAGGCUCGGACGUCUGUGCGGAUAUUGUCAUCUUGAACACCGUAGUGGAUGGGCUGUGCAAGAUUGGGAGGCUGCAGGAUGCCAUUGUGUUUGUGGAUGAGCGGAUGAGGCAAGUGCAUGGAUGUGCGCCCAACACUGUUACAUAUAACUGCUUGGCUGAUGCGUGUUGCCGAGUGGGGGAUAUUGACAUGGCUUGCCAAAUUGUGGAGAGAAUGGAGAAAGAGGGUGUGACACCGAAUGUUAUCACGAUGAACACAAUUGUUGGUGGCUUAUGCCGAGUUGGCAGGGUUGGUGCUGCACUGGAUUUCUUCCGUGAGAAGAGGACAACUUGGCUGGAGGCAAGGGGCAAUGCUGUGACCUAUAGCACUUUGGUUAGUGCUUUCCUCCAUUGCAACAAUGUGGCCCUGGCCAUGGAGUUGUUCCAUGAGAUGGCGGACCAAGGGUAUCCACCAGAUGCAGUCAUGUAUUUCACCAUGAUAUCUGGAUUGACACAAGCAGGGAGGCUGGUGGAUGCUUGCAACAUUGCGGCAUCAAUGAAGAAGGCAGGAUUUAAGUUGGACAGAAAAGCAUACAACAUUCUGAUUGGUGGAUUUUGCCGGAAGAAAAGGUUGCAUGAGGCCCAUCAGUUGUUUGAGGAAAUGAAAGGAGCUGGUCUUCAGCCAGAUGUGUACACCUACAAUACCCUGUUGUCUUGUUUGUGCAAAGCAGGAGAUUUCUCAGCUGUGGAUGAAUUAUUGGGGAAUAUGAUUGAUGAUGGCUGUCAGCCUUCUGUGGUCACUUUUGGUACACUUGUACAUGGAUAUUGCAAAGCUGGUAAAACAGAUGAGGCAUUAAAAAUUUUCAGGUCCAUGGGUGAGGCUAGGAUUCAACCCAACACCGUAAUAUACAAUACUCUAAUUGAUUUCCUUUGCAAGAGCAGAGAAGUUGAUGUAGCUAUCAAGCUGUUUGAUGAGAUGAGGGAAAACAAUGUGCCUGCAAAUGUGACAACCUACAAUGCAUUGUUGAAAGGUCUUCAAGAUAAGAACAUGCCAGAAAAGGCUUUUGAACUUAUGGACCAGAUGAAAGAAGAGAGGUGCACUCCUGAUUAUGUGACUAUGGAUGUUCUCAUGGAAUGGCUGCCUGAAAUUGGUGAAACAGAGAGAUUAAAAUGUUUCAUGGAGCAAAGGGAUGAAAAGGUUAAUCAUGCCUUACAUGUUUGACCAUGAAAUGAAUUUUGUAUCAUAUUAACUAGAGUUGCAAUGUCUGUGUUUAAUUCAUAACUGGAAGAUCAAUUUGACUUGGUUGACACAAGAAUUUGGAAACCAUUUUCUGAAUCCUAGCUAGCCUCAUGAGAUGGAUUCCUUGGUCAGAAUUGGUUGCAUCCAUAGCCUGUAUUGUAGAAGUGUUCGUUCAGUUUUAGGGGCCAUAAGGCAUAAUUGAUUCAGGGCAAGUUAUUUGGCACAUGUUGUGGCAACUCAUAUGGUUCUUUUGUUUCCAAUCAGGUCUUUGCAAGUUAGGACCUGCAAAAAGGAAAACUCCAGAACCACCCAUAACAAUUGAAACUGGAGCAGAGAUUGAACUGGUGGCAAGGUUGUCGGUGGUACACAUUUUGUCAGUUGAUGACAACCAUGUAUGUGGACUUGCUCCUGCCAGUUGUUCCUCUUGCUGGAAAUUCAUGAGCUACACUUCUGCAUAAGCAUAAAGGUCAGACGAAAGCAAGUUGGCUUGGCAGGAUUUCUGUGUCAUGUCCCUUGCAACUCCAGUGAUCUGCUGUUGUGGUCCGUGAAAGAAAUCUCAUUUCAUGCCUCCUGCCUCCUGGCCCCUGUAGUGGUUAGCGAUACUGGUGGAUGGUGUUGCCAUGAAGAGAUGCCUAGCUAAGAAAGACAAGGGGAGGUGCCAAGUUGACAAUGAAGCCACCCUUUGUUGGAACCAGAAGCGAGUACCGUCAGCUGUAACUUUUCUGAAGCCAGACUCCCCAGAUUUCUACAGACUACAGUCUAGCUGGGCAUUUUUUCUCGGAACAACGUGCUUCAGACCAAGUUUAGUAUUGUUCUGAUGAAAAGGAACCCGUACCGCGCCGUGCGCGCAUCACGGCUGAAGGAGCAAGACGGAGAGCCGUACAAGUCACUGCCUUGCGUCUUCGGUCUUUCCUUUGAAGUGUUCUUAGGUUUGUGUUGCCUAAUAUGGAUGUCGUUGCUGGCUGGACCUGGUCAGAACUCGGGCACCGGCGUGGGGAAACAGAACAACCCACAUGAUCCCCGAAGUACCACUCGAGGGAGGUGACAGAGUUUGGAGCCUGCCGGUCCACUGGAACAGUGACGGACCCUCUGACCAGGACUGCUACAGUUUACUUCGGGUAUUUUCUCGGAAGUUGGAACAGAAGAAUGCCUCAUGUCUCAUGAGGCCGGGAUCGUAGAAUUUUGCCUGCCUGCCUGCCUGCCUUGCUGCGACCAAGAGCUCCACGUCUCCGUCGCCGGGGCAAAGCCGUGCCGCACGGGACGAGGAAAUUCACGGCACAUCACGUAUAGGCAGGAGGACCGAGAGUUGUGCAAGUCAGGAUCUCCCCGUCUCUUGCUUCAAGUGUUGCGUUGCCUACAUGCAUUCUUGACCUAGCUGGAUAGUAGGUGAGUGUAGUAACUAGUCAAAUCUUGUGCAAGGGCAUGGGCAAAACGUUACAUGAUUUGCCAAUACCAUGUCGGAUGUGAUCUAACGGUUUCUGAUAGUCAGACAGAUACCGUGCAGCACUGAAACUCUGGCCUUGUUUAGUUGCCACCGAAAAAGUUUUCAAGAUUCCACGUCACAUCGAA